CAUCAGGAGGUUAAAAUACGGAUUGAGGCUUUUAAAGACUUUUUAUAGAAUCUGUGUCAUCAUUUAGCAACACCAAUCAACUAUCACCAAUCAGAUGUCGCCUGACAGACCGUACCGAGGGAAAAGUAUCAAGGUGUCACGAUAAGACCCGCCCCUUUAUUACUUACCCAAUCAAAUGUUUGGUUGCAGCUUCAGGAAACCACAGAACUUCCUGUUAAUAAGUUUCAGGAGUCGGUGACGCGUUAUUGAAAUAUUUGUGGAAGUAUUUUACAAGUUUUAAAGCGUCAGACUUUGUGCAACAUCCGCUCCAAUGACACAAGCAGUCUGUGUUUCAGUGUCAGAGCUCUCUCUACCGGUCCCCUGGGGGGAGAUCAGAGGUAAAGUCUGGGGUCCUGAUCACGGCCGUCCUGUACUGUGCCUGCACGGCUGGGCUGAUAACUGUGGUUCAUUCAACACCCUCAUUCCUCUUCUACCCAAAGAGUGCAGAUACGUAGCAGUGGACCUGGUGGGUCACGGUCUGUCCUCACAUCGUCCUCCCGGAGCUUUCUACUCCUCUCCUGCAUACGUGGCGGACGUACGCAGAGUCGCUGACGCUCUCCAGUUGAAGAAAUUCACCCUCAUAGGCCACAGUAUGGGUGCUGACAUCGGAGCGAUGUUCAGUGCUCUGUAUCCUGAGAUGGUCGAGGCUCUCGUACUUCUCGACGCCUUCGGGUUCUUGCCGACAGAUUCGACAGAAAUAUCCAAAGUGAUGAGGCAGGGGAUCGAAGAGAUGCUCCGGUUUGAGAAAAAGACAGAAGAGAAAAGAAGAGUUUACACUUAUGAGAAGGCAGUUGAGAGGUUGUUGGCUGCAAACCCGACUCUGUCUGGAGACUCUGUGAACAUCCUUUUAGAGCGAGGUCUAGUUCGAGUGGAAGGAGCAGGAUUUGUGUUCUCCAGAGACCUGCGAGUUAAUUUUAAAAACCCAGUGCGCAUCAGCCUGGAGCAGAGUCUGGAGAUGCAGUCGAGGAUACGAGCUUCAAUUCUAGUUGUUCUAUCAGAAGGCGGCUUUGAUAGAAUAUUUUCUGAACCAGCCCAAAAGAAAUUUGGCUCAACGCUCCUCCAGUGUUUCCGAGACAGAAAUCACACGGUGGUGACGGUAGCAGGAGAUCAUCACGUCCAUCUGAAUAAUCCUGAAGUCGUCGCUCCGUUUGUGUCUGACUUCCUGUUGACCAAAGUGUUGUCACAGCCAGAGGACAGAAAACACAAGAAGACGUCUAACUUAUAAACUAAACACACACACAAGCAUUUCACUAACACACUGUCACAUUUCAUAUUGUUUACAUUACCAAUAGUCAUUAAUUUUAUUCACAGCACCAUUAAAAAAGAUGUUUAACUGAACUUUUAACUGGUACUGAAGGUUGUUGUGAGAGGAACACUAGAUUAAUAAUGGACAUUUUGAAUUGUUCUGCUGUAUUUAGACUGUAGUGUUUACAACUUCUGGGCAGCAGAUGCAGUAAAACAGCCAUCCUGACUCUCA